UCCUUCCUCUAAUUUUAAAAUAUUUUAUUAUAAAUUCUUCAAGAAUUUCUUGAUACGCAAGAAUGUGCUAGUCAUUUUGGUGGAUUAAUACAAUGUGUUGAUGAUAAAACUCAAGAAGUUGUAUGGUUAUGUGAAGAACAUAGCAUUGAAUAUAAACCGGUUUCAUCUCCAUUAUAUUCACCGCAGUUAUUAUCUCCAAGUUUAAGAUCAUUAAAUAUUUCACCGCCAGGAUCUGUAUCUCCUCCAACUAUUUUUGUUGAAUCUACUACUACUACUAGAAAAUGGGAUUAUAGUGAUUUUGAUAAGAGAGAUUCAUUAGAUCCAUAUUUAGCAUUAGAAUAUGUAUAUAAAAUACUUUGCGAAGUAGUAACGAACGCAAUUGAAUCUGAAAGAAAACACUUUAGAAAAGAUGAUGUUAAGAAAAUUGCAAAUGAAAUUCAUGAACAAAUGAGUGAAUUUAAAAGUUUGUGUAAGUAUUGGGACAAUGAUACUCAAAAAAUUCAAUUUAUAAGUAUCUUAAAAAAGCAAGCACAUCUUUAUAUUCAUUAUUUAAUGUUAAUCGUACGUUAUUGUGUUGUAAAAGAUAUUGAAUUAAUGAAACAAAUGACGUUUUUAUAUACUGAUACAUUAGAAAUUAACCGCAUAAUAAUAGCUGGAAAGUCAUUUAAUAAACACUUAAGUAAAUUAAUGAUGGCUUUGCAGUAUAAUACUCACGUAGGAAUAGUAUUAGAUGAUUUCGAUAAAGAACCAAAUCUUGACGUAAAAAUUAAUGAUGAUUCAAUAGUUAAUUAUAAAUCAUUAUUUCGAUGGUAUCAUGUAGAGGAUCGAACGCACACUGAAAGUUUAGAUUCCCCAUUAAUGGGAACUCAAGGGGGAGGAGUACUUUUCGAAAUAACAAAAAGAAUUUUUGAUGGACGUUUUAUUAUGGCGAAGUCAUUAAAAUAUCUAAACAACGAAAAUUUUUUAUGUGUAAUGAAAGAGAUUUACUUCUAUAGUGAGCAUGAGUUAUAUAAUGAUAAUAUAAUCGAAUUUCGAGGAUAUUCAAUUCACAAUUGCAGAUCCACACUGUUUUAUGAAUAUGCAGAACGUGACUUAUCCGAGUAUUUUCAAAAUUCAUCAGCAAAUACUUCUAAAGAUUGGAAAGAAAGAAUUCAAAUAGCGUGGGGAAUAUCUCAGGGUGUAAGAUAUUUGCAUGAUAAAAGUAUUAUACAUUUAGAUCUUCGAAGCGCAAAUAUUUUAUUGAAAUAUGAUGGGACAGGUGAAAUACCAGUACCAAAGAUAACUAAUUUUAUUUGGAGUAUAUAUUUAUGCGCAACAAAAACUUCGGUGCGCCCAAAGAUCAAAAGUUCGUCCGAAGAAGAAAUUUGGAAAAGAUGGUAUGAUCCAGAUAGACUAUUACAUGGAAGUAAUUUUGAAUCGAUUCUUCCAUCAUCUGAUAUAUAUAGUUUAGGAUUAUUGUUUUGGGAAAUCGUUUGGUGUAAGGCGGGAAAUUUGCCAUUUAAAGAAGUUCCAAUUAAAAAACUUUAUAAUCAUUUACAAACUAAUAAUUAUGAAAUAUUACCAGAGAUACCUGAAGAAUAUAAAAGCUGGGAGAACUUAAUAAAAAGAAUGUGGAGGUUUAAAUCAGAAAAGCGUUGUAAUAUUAAAACUGUAGAAUCAACUAUGCUAAAAUUACAUAAGGAGAGAACAAAUUCAGCAUCUUCAGCUUCAAGUUUUUUGACAGCUGUAUCUCCCACAUUAUCUAUUUCUCCUUUAUCGAAUCAAUCUUCCCAAGCGAUUAAUUAAUCAAUAUAGCGCGUCAAUAUAUUGUAUACAUGAAAAGAGAUUUAGUAUUUAC